AUGAUUAAGUUAUUAACCACUUGUUAUGACUCUAAUGGAGAGCCAAAUGUGUCGGUCUAUGGAAAACACUCGGCAAAUGAAAUACUGAAUCCCAUUCAAAACUUUACGUAUGAUUUUUUCAAACAAUUUUUUGCUGAAGUCAAGAGUGUAUUCGCCGAUGAAUUCAUUCAUUUAGGCAUGGAUGAAGUCUACUACGAGUGCUGGGAAUCAAACCCAGAGAUUAAGAAAUUUAUGCACGACUUGAAUAUGACUACAACAGCACAACUCGAACAGUAUUACGUGAAGAGGACCGUAGAAAAUGUCAGAAACAUUGGCUACAAAUACAUGACAUGGCAGGACCCGGUCGACAUUUAUAGCGACUUUCGCUGGAAAUCAUUUGGGGAUAAGAAAUGUGACCCAAAAAAUAUCAAAGAUAUAAAUCGCUGUCGCAUCUCAUUAGAAAAAGUGAUAUUUACGGGGAAAGGCUCGACCAAAGGUCUGGGUGUGUCCGGGGGUAUCGAUCUCUGGUAUAACUCUUAUGCCUCGAAGUCGUGCCGCACUAAUGAUCCGUUUGAUAUCGCGCUGACUGUACACGUGCUGUGGACUGUAGGAGCCCUACCAUCCCAUUUUGCUCUCAAAUGGGAACGACUGGUCAUCGAUUAUAUGCCAAUGAAAGACAUUCAUUUUGUUAUAAGCCAUCGCAUCCUCCAGAGGGUUAAUAAGAUUAAUAGAGCUAAGAUUGUGAACAAAAAUCAUAUCUAA